AUGUCAACCAGCGGAGUGGAACCGUCAGCUCAGAGCCCGCUGCUCUCCUCCAGGUUUGUACCCAGUCCCAGAACCCCACAGUCCGGGAUUCCACCACACCCCAGUCCACACACCUGCGAACGUCCUUUCCACUGUGGCAGUGAAGUCCAGACGCUCACGCUGCAACUUCUGCGUCUGUAUUGCUGCUGGUCGGCGGCUGUGUGGAAUGGACUUUCCGACCCGCUGCUUGCUGUCACCUCUUCCGGAUACCCCGCCCCUGAACCAUGGCUCCUCCCCGGCUGUAGCUCAGUCUAUGACAGUCUGGUCAGUAACGCGUCUCCGAUCCGGUCUCCUCCUGUCGGUGUGAGAGAAGAACGAGCUGCCAACAAGUCACGCAGACCGUCCAUUCUGGAGCGCUGCAUCCUCAAAGUGUCCACCAGCAGUGUGGCUGUGGGGACGGAUGAUCUGGACAAUAAGAGGCCUCCCUUUGGUCGGUGCUACCCCCGCCUACCGGAUCCGGCUAACACUGAGACCAAUGCAGCAGUCCUGAAGCGGCGGCAAAAACAGAUCCAGUAUGGGAAGAACACCAGCGGGUACCAGAACUACCUGCAGCAGGUCCCCAGACACCUCAGGGAUCCAAAGCUCCAUCCCUCCACCCCCAACAAGUACAGGAAGUACAGCCGGCGCUCCUGGGACAUGCAGGUGCGUCUGUGGAGGCGGGCUCUGCACCUGUGGGACCCACCGGGCGAAACCCAUCUAGAGCUCAGCGACACACAGGACCCUGUGGAACAGCUGCAGUGCCAGCUGGCAAAGAUGACCUCUGACCUGUGUGAAGACGGAGGUGACAAACAGAGAGAGAAGGACUCUGCUGUAGUCUCUAAGACCUCCUCUGUGUCUCCGCUGUCAAAGACAACGGUUCUGGAUCUGCCUGGACCCUGGACUGUCCCACAAUCCCCUAAGGCACAUCGUUUGCCUCGCUCUCCUCCUGGUCUGAGCUGCCCUCUCAUGAGUCAGCUGACCACCAACGACAACAUGACAGACUGGAUCCACCUCCUGCUGGAGGCUGACCGUGCCCGAGAUCUGGGCUCCGACGACCAGCAGGUCCCUGUGGUUUCUGACCAGUUCUUAUGGAAUCCAUACUGACUGUUGGCAGGAUUUCCAUAAGUUCUGCUCAUGUGACAAACUGUGUCUGGACCCUAAAUGCACCAUCUGAGUGUCCAGGAUGUUCAUGUUUUAAAGUCACUACAGAUUAAAUUAGAACAGCAGGGAUGUGAUUGGUCCUGAUCCAGUUUCAUCAGACCGCUUUCAUCAUGUUCAAUCGUGGUAGCAUUGUGAUUACCUGGGCGCUCAUGAACACACCGUCGAUAUGAACAUGGAGUGGGACAGCUGAAACAUUACUUAUCCUGUGCACUCUGGUUGUAUAUUUGUGUAAAACGGCAUCAUUUGAGCACUUGUCACCUGUUUAAUUUACCUGCACUAAUGGAAAAGCUGCUCUUUUCUGUACAUGAAUCACUUAUUCAGUCUCGGGUUUUUUUUUUUUUUUUUGUCACUAUAUUGUCUUCACCCUCUGUUUUACUGUCCGUUGUCCGUCUGGAUCAGGCUCCUCCUCUGUUUUUUCUCAAAAACAAAAUCCUCGUUUCUGAGGGGGGAAAGACUGUCACUUUGUGUUGUGACUUUUCUUUUACUUGUGUUCAAUUUGUCUUUUUUUUUUUUUUUUUUGCUGCUUGAAUCUCAAGAGCAAGGU